ACGGCACCCCUAGAAUCCCUCUCGCCGUUUCUCGUUGACUCGAAUGCGAAGCACCCAGUAUUGGUCGUCUUGAUAAAUCCACCGAAUCUCUUUUCCCCCUUUUUCGGUCCCCGACCGUCGGCGUUACUGCUCCGCCUUGGUUUCGGCCUCCUCCUCCAUUUCAUGAGCAAAACCAUCUCCCUCAUGCUUAUAUAUACAGGCCAACGUGUCUCCAGCCCCUUCGCACCGUAAAACUUACCGAGUACCACGUACAUUCUCGUCGGUUUACGCCAAAACCAAGCGAUAUACUUCCGAGAAUGAAUGCGGCGAGCAGGGUUUGGAUCGUCGCGGCAUGCAUCGGAGCGGUGGAGUCAUUGAAAGAUCAAGGGUUUUGCAGGUGGAACUACCCAUUGAGGUCACUGGAACAGCGCGCCAAGAGCAACAUUAGAUCUUUAUAUGAGGCCAGGAAGAUCUCUUCGUCUUCCUCUUCUCCGUCUGUCGCGGCAGAGGCACCGGAUGCUGCUGACAAAGCGAGGCGGACGGAGGAGUCGCUGAAAAAAGUCAUGUACUUAGGCUGUUGGGGUCCAAACACAGUUAGAUUUUGAGAUCAGUGAUCGGGCACCAAUCGGUUUUUCUAGGAUGUGCUUAAGAUAAUGUCACUGCCGAUAGUUAGUGAAGUGCGAAACCUUAUCAAUUUUCUGUCGGAGAUGGAGGAAUGUUGUUAAUGAAAUAUCCCAUGACAGCUUUUAGCCUACAGGCACAAUUUCCCUAAUGGCCUUAGCAUAUUUUAUACCUUAAAGAGAACAUGAACGUCUCGAAUUCA